GUCGUCCUCAAAGAUCCGUACUCCAUACAGGUUAACAUGAAGCUGAGCGUUGCCAUCGCCGUGCUGGCGUCGGCUCUUGCCGAGGCUCACUACACCUUCCCCAGCAUCGGAAACACCGCUGACUGGCAGUAUGUGCGGAUUACAACGAACUACCAGAGCAACGGGCCGGUGACGGACGUCACCUCGGAUCAAAUUCGGUGCUACGAACGGAACCCAGGCACGGGAGCGCAGGGCAUAUACAACGUCACCGCCGGCCAGACCAUCAACUACAACGCGAAGGCGUCCAUCUCCCACCCGGGGCCCAUGUCCUUCUACAUUGCUAAGGUUCCCGCCGGCCAAACCGCUGCGACCUGGGACGGUAAGGGGGCUGUGUGGACCAAGAUCUACCAGGACAUGCCCAAGUUCGGCAGCAGCCUGACCUGGCCCACCAUGGGCGCCAAGUCUGUCCCCGUCACCAUCCCUCGUUGCCUCCAGAACGGCGAUUACCUUCUGCGAGCCGAGCACAUCGCUCUACACAGCGCGAGCAGCGUCGGUGGCGCCCAGUUCUACCUCUCGUGCGCCCAGCUUACUGUCAGCGGCGGCAGUGGCACCUGGAACCCCAAGAACCGGGUCUCCUUCCCCGGCGCUUACAAGGCAACAGACCCGGGCAUCUUGAUCAACAUCUACUACCCCGUGCCGACCAGCUACUCGCCGCCCGGCCCGCCGGCUGAGACGUGCUAAGCGGGGAAGGAAACCGUUCACUUGGCGUGUUCCAGGGGACAGCGGUGUACAUAGCUCCUACAGCCUUCUCUCCAGACCACUAGCUUCAUCCAAGAUCUUCAUGACCUUGGCACAAGGAUUCUAACUGUUCUAGCACGUCUGGGGCAGCCUGUAAACACAACUUUGGGCACGUUAAGUUCAUCCAAGCAAACGGAACAAAGAGUCACUUC